AUGUCUGCCGAAGAAGAGCGCCAGGCGGCCCUCAACGCCUACCGGGCGAAGCUCAUCGAGUCCCGCGAAUGGGAAGCAAAGCUCAAGAACCUGCGGCUAGAGAUUAAGGACCUGCAGAAGGAGUACGACCGGACAGAGGAGAACAUCAAGGCACUGCAGAGUGUAGGGCAGAUCAUUGGCGAAGUCCUCAAGCAGCUGGACGACGAGAGAUUUAUCGUCAAGGCGUCGUCGGGUCCUCGAUAUGUCGUCGGCUGCAGAUCCAAGGUCGACAAGUCAAAGAUGAAGCAGGGCACACGUGUCGCGCUCGAUAUGACGACACUGACCAUUAUGCGUAUGCUCCCGCGAGAGGUCGACCCGUUAGUCUACAACAUGUCACUGGAGGACCCUGGCCAGGUCAGCUUUGCGGGAAUCGGUGGAUUGAACGACCAGAUUCGAGAGCUGCGAGAAGUUAUCGAGCUCCCUCUGAAAAACCCAGAGCUCUUCCUCAGAGUCGGCAUCAAGCCGCCCAAGGGUGUCCUGCUCUAUGGCCCUCCCGGAACGGGCAAGACGCUUCUAGCCAGAGCCGUUGCAAGCAGUCUGGAGACAAAUUUCCUGAAAGUCGUGUCAUCUGCCAUCGUCGACAAGUACAUCGGAGAAUCAGCAAGAUUGAUCCGCGAAAUGUUCGGCUACGCCAAGGAACACGAGCCGUGCAUCAUCUUCAUGGACGAAAUUGAUGCCAUCGGCGGCCGACGAUUCUCCGAAGGCACCAGUGCCGACCGUGAAAUCCAGAGAACGCUGAUGGAGCUCCUCAACCAGCUGGACGGUUUCGACUACCUGGGCAAGACAAAGAUCAUCAUGGCUACGAACAGACCGGAUACCCUGGACCCGGCGCUGCUGCGUGCCGGUCGUCUGGACCGGAAGAUUGAGAUUCCCCUGCCGAAUGAGGUUGGACGUCUGGAGAUUCUCAAGAUCCAUGCCUCUUCUGUCGUGAUUGAUGGAGAUAUUGAUUUUGAGAGCGUGGUCAAGAUGAGUGAUGGACUGAACGGAGCCGACUUGCGAAACGUGGUCACUGAAGCCGGCCUGUUUGCCAUCAAAGACUACCGAGAGUCGGUCAACCAGGAUGACUUCAACAGGGCGGUGCGCAAGGUGAUGGAGGCGAAGAAGCUGGAAGGCAAGCUCGAGUACCAGAAGCUGUAA